AGUAUGCAACUUAUUGUUGUUGUGUUCGUGCACGUGGGGGGUUUGAAUUUGUUCCAUCGUGUUGCCUUCUGCUGAAUACUAGUGGAAGAGUAAAAUCUUUAGUGAAUUGGAGCGUUAAAAAUGGGUAAAACGAGGCGUAACCGAGUACGGCAUAUUGCAAAUUCCAAUCCUUUGGGAACUACUAACCUUAAUGACUUCUUGAACGGCGAUGAAGAUUUAAUGGACAAUGGAUUGGGUCCGGUUGAUACAAUGCGAGAGCAACUAUUGAAUGUAAAUGUCGAAGAAAAAUUAAAUGCUUUGCAAUCACUUGCUGUGCUAGUGCAAUCUGGCAAAAAGGACAAAUUAACUGCCAUUUGCGAAAGUAACAUUAUACGAAUAGCAGCUCCAUAUAUGUUUGAUCGUGAUCAACCUUUGCGAAAUGCAGCUGCAGGAGCGCUACGUAACUUCACCGUGUGUAUGCCCGAAGUAUGUGACAUCUUUGUUGAGCAGGACGUGCUCACGCCACUUUUAACUCUACUCGACGAAUACGCCCAAAACACCGAAUGGAUACCGAACUUUGAUAGUGCAAUGGGCGGCCAAUUAGAUAUACGAUCAGACACAUUUUUGCAGGCUAUAAAUCUCCUAUGGAAUCUCUGCGAGAGUUCAACGAUAGCGCUGGACACUUUUAAUCAAACGCAAUUAAUUGGGAGCUUAAUUCGUUGCCUAGAUCAUACAAUUUUUGGUUUAGAUAUAGCAAUAUCAGUUGCUCAGUGCAUAUUAGUGGUGUCGGAGAGUAAUCAAAGGGUAUGGAAUGUGUUGACUCAGCAUGUGCCUGCGCUGUUAAGUUUGCUCGAACUUACGGGUGGUUAUGGACAACAUUAUCUGAGGACCUUAGGAGCGGGUAUUUUGUCAAAUGUGCCAGCUUUGUCAGCGGCAUACACUAGCAAUAUCUUAAAUUGCUUAGCACAAACAUUAGCUAUUGACCAGCAAGAAGCCUUGUCAAAUGUGUUGAAUGGACGUGUUGAAAAUGAACGAAAUGAUUGUGUGCCAGUACUGGAUAUAAAUAUGGAAACAGAAGAGGAAGAGACGGAAGAAGCCGCUGCUUUGCGCAGACGACGCCAAGAAUUGCCAACACAAAGUGAAAUCGCAAUGAAAGAUGUAGCAAAUUUGUUGGAUGCUCAUCGUGUCGCAACAGAGAUUAUUACGAAUUUAGUUUCCAAUGAUGAUGAAGAGUGGGUCGAUUCAGAAGGGGAAGAUGCAUCUGAAGGUGAAGGUGUUGUGGACUACGAAGUUGAAAACUCAAAUAGUAAUGGAGAUAUUCAAGACUUGGAUAAACUUCCUGCAGAGUUGGUUGAAAUUAUUAAAUCGUUGGGAAUUGUACAAAAGCUUUGGCAAAAAGCACAAGUUUUACCUGAUAAUGUGGCACAGUCCUUGCGCGACGUCAGUUUAGGAUUGGUUAUGAAAGUGAAAAACUUGCGUAUUUCUUCGCUGCUUUGCUUGCAAAACCUCUGCAACGCGCUGAGUCCCGAGGACAUGGGCGGCGCUAAAGCCAUUUACGAUGUCUGGGUAGAACUUGGCCAGCAAGUGUUUAAGGGUCCUCAAGAUGUCACCGUCAUGGAGCCGGCAACUUCGUUAAUGCGUGCUGCAUUAGAACGUCUAAAACCAAACAAAGAACUAUUCGGUCAAAUGGCAGAUAAUGACUUGGAGUUAAUUUUUAAUGGCGUUAAGAAUUGCAGUGUUGCUGAAAUUCGUGCAAAUUGGUUGCGCAUGUUGGGUACACUGGGUUGCCUAUUGCCAGAAACUUUAGUUCGCACUAUAAUUACAUUCAUCGUAGAAGCGUGUGUCGAGGAAGAUGACGUUUGGACCAUUUCCGAGGCACUUGAUUCCUUAAUGGACAUGUUCGCCGAUAAUGAUUGGCCAAAAAUUAUUGUUGAGUUGAAUUUGCCCGAAGUGCUGAAAAAGUUGGAGAAAAUGUUUAGAAAUAAGAUACGGCAGCAACGUCGUGAACUGAAGGAGCGUUAUCCAGCUGUGCAAACUGUGCGCACAAAUCUGUCGCGUUUCAUUAGAUAUAUGGAAAUAGAAGCCGAUAAGUACGCGAAAAAUGCGUAAAAUUUUUAAAAUCCAAUACGAUUCAAAGUUCGUUGCAGAAAUGCAUUUAAUGUACAUAAAUACGUAUAUCUUUUAUUUGACAAUAAGACUUUUCGAUGACAAAAACUAGA